AUGUUGUUGACCACGCCGAUCCGCUCCAAUGCGCUCGGGUUCACGCUCUGCGGCGAGAUGCUUCGCGUGUACCUGGUCAACGCUUACGGUGUGUUCGCGACCGAGACCCGGGACUUUCGCACAGACACGAACAAGCACCUCCUCUCGAGAGUUCUUUUACACCUGCUCGAGCUCGACGACCGCGACUACGGCGUACUGGCCAGUACGAGUGACGUCGACGACGUGACCGGCAAGUUCUCCAUCUCCGACAAGUUCUUGCCGCCUCGCGUCCACGAUUUCGACUCGGAUCUCGGCGCCAUCGAGCAUCUCGACAUUCACGCGCUCUUGUUUCGCCGUCGAAGCAGCUUCGAUCGAGCCACGUCGGCGUUUCGCGUCACGGCGACUCACGCCCCUGUCGGCUCCGCCUCCGCCAAGUCGUACCCAUCUCAAUGCGAGUAUUGCAUGACCGAAGCGAGGUGA